AUGGCAGGCUACGGUAACCGCACAGCGCCCGACUACGUUGCCGAAAACCUUCAAGAAGAACACACGAACACGCGCCUCGGCCUUACGGACUCCAAUGCCGCUUACUCCAACGCACAGCAUCAUGGCUCUGGCACUACCGGUGGAGCUGGAUUUGAUUGGAUGGCGUCGCUGACCAGCAAUCUAGGCAAUAAGCGGUCGUCCGUCACAAAAUCCGACUCCAAUGCGCCCGUAGACGAGGAAGAGUUCCGGUUUGGCUUGCACAAAGAUACUGCGCCUUACUCUAACGCCACACCACACGGCAGCGGUUCGACAGGCGGCGCAGGCUUUGGCAAUAAGACGGGUAGCUUCAGCGAGAGCAGCGAUUCGACGCUAGGCAAAGUAAUGGAGAAGGCAGGGCAUAUGAUGAACAACGAAAAGAUGGCUGAGAAAGGCAGAGUCAAGAGAGAGGAGAAGGGUUUUGGACAGCAAGUUGAGCAGUAG